UCUUCAAAACACAAUCUCUGAAAAAGCCUGCUGCCUCCUACAACCCUCUCUCUCAUCCACCUUCCGCCUCCAUAAAACCCCACUUCCACCCUCACAAUCUCACCAGACAAAACCAACAGCUUCCCACUUAAACUAUAACCUCUCUUUCCAAACAAAAAAAAGCAUUCACAAAUGCCAUCUGAUUCCUGCGAUCACCGGCGAACUACCAUCGCAAAGCCGCACAACGUCGGUGGUUGUGGUGGUGCUGCUGGUGCAGGUGCAGGUGCACCGCCGCCUGAACCCGAACACCUCCCGUGUCCACGUUGCGAUUCUACCAACACUAAAUUCUGUUACUACAACAAUUACAACUUCUCUCAGCCGCGUCAUUUCUGCAAAGGAUGUCGCCGUUACUGGACUCACGGUGGCACUCUUCGUGAUAUCCCCGUCGGCGGUGGAAGCCGGAAGAAUGCUAAACGUUCUCGUGUCACCACCAACGCUCAUGGCAACUCUAGUAUUUCGCAUUCUUUGGAAUUCCGUCAUAUGGCUCCACCGACUGGUACUCCGAUCUUGAUUCCGUUUGCCGGUGAGCACGGCGGAGGAUUGCAUUUUCUCGGCGAAGGGAAGUCCGGGAUGAGUAUGUGUGAGAGUUUUACGUCGUUGUUGAAUAAUACACAUGGGCCUGGUUUCUUUGGAGUUGGAGGAUUUGAAGAUGGGAGCUUUGGUUUUGGAAGGUCGAUUUGGCCGUUUGCCGGAAUCGGAGAUGGUGGUGGUUCUGUUCAGUAUGCGUCGGGUGGCGGCGGCGGCGGCGGAGGGAGUAUGAUCGGCGGUGGGCAUACGUGGCAGGUGGAGAGUGGAGAUGGUGGAGAUUGUUUUACUUUGCCGGAUCUUGCUAUUUCUACACCUGGAAUGAUAUGAAAAUGAAAGUUGAAUUUAGAAGUGAUAGUGUAGGAUUGUUAAUGUGUUACCAUCUGUAUUAGAUUAAUUCCUGUUCGGUUUUAGUACGAGAAAACAAACAACCUUUUAAA